CUUUCUCCUCCUCCUCCUCUUCCACCUCCAGCUCCUCCUCCUUCUCUUCCACCCCCUCCUUUCCACAACCUCUUCCAC